AUGAGUAGAAAAGAUCCUGCUUGGAAGUAUAGUGUUGAAAUAGAAGUGCCGGAAAAAGGUGGAAAAAAAGGAUACAAGUAUUUAAAGUUACCUAAAGAAGUCAAGGAUGAGAUAAGUCAAUGUUUGAAAGACUAUGAAAAUACAAAAUUUAUUUCUCAACGAAAGUUUGAUGAGGCGGUGGAUUGUGGAUCCUACUUUGGUGAUGGACCUAGUGGUUUUGGUAGUGGCAAUCCUUUGGAGGGCGUGAAUUCUUGUCCUAGCGGUAGUUCUAGAGGUGUUAGAGGGCCUAUGGAUCAAUUUAUGGAGAAUAAAGGAGAUGAUGAAAAUGAAAAAAAUACCGCUGCCACAAAAAUGACUCCAACGAGUGCUAAAGAGCAUCGAAAUCAAGUAUGUUUAGAUAUUGGGAGAUUCUUUUUUGAGAAUGGGAUCCCAUUUAAUUGUGCAAGAAGCCCAUCAUAUUUCAAUAUGUUGCGUUCGAUUGGGAAUUAUGGUCGAGAAUUGAAAGCUCCAACAAUGCAUGAAAUAAGGACUUGGAUACUAAAAGAAGAAGAGAAGACAACAUCCGAAAUUGUGAAUGAGAUCAAAGCAACAUGGAAACGAACAUCGGUUUCAUUAUUAUCAGAUGGUUGGUCAGAUAUGAGAAAUAGGAGUCUGAUCAAUUUUCUAGUUAACAAUCCCUAUGGGACUGUUUUUUUGAAAACUAUUGAUGCAUCAGAUUGUGUAAAAGAUGCACAAAAAUUGUUUGAAUUGCUUGAUGAUGUUGUUGAAGAAAUUGGUGAAGAUAUUGUCAUUCAGGUGAUCACAGAUAAUGCAAGUGCAUACAAGGCAGCUGGAAGAUUAUUAAUGGAGAAGAGAAAAAGUUUGUAUUGGACUCCGUGUGCUGCUCAUUGUAUUGAUUUGAUGCUUGAGAAAAUUGGAGAAUUGCUACAACAUAAAAAUGCUUUGCUUAAAGUAAAGAGAGUUAGAAAUUUCAUCCAUAACCAUCCAUGGGUGUUGAGUUUAACAAGAAAAUUUGCAAAGAAAGAUCUUCUUCGACCAGCUGUCACACGAUUCUCCACUGCCUUUCUAACUUUAGAAAGUAUGCAUCAAUUGAAGCAACCACUACAAAUGAUGUUUGUUUCAAAAGAAUGGUCAAGUUGUGCAUGGGCAAAGAAACCUGAAGGGAAAGCUAUGAAGAAAAUCAUAAUGAAUGAUAAUACAUUUUGGCCUAGUGUGGUUUAUUCCAUAAAAACCACAAAGCCCCUUGUGAAUGUUUUAAGAAUAGUUGAUGGUGAGAGGACACCAGCAAUGGGAUUUAUUUAUGGUGCUAUGGAUGAGAAGUGGGAGUUUCAAUUGCAUCGCGACUUGCAUGCAACUGCAUAUUACUUGAAUCCUCGAUUCAGAUGGAGUCCCAAUGUUUCCGAGCAUCCAGAGAUUAAAACUGGUUUGUAUAAGUGCAUGGAUAGACUCAUCAAGGACCAAGAAACAUAUGUGAAGGUCGAUGCCCAACUUGAUGAGUAUAAAUACAAGCGAGGAUUGUUUGGCUUCAGAUCAUCCUUAACAUCAUACUUAACACGUCCGCCUGUUGAAUGGUGGGACAACUUUGGAGAUGAAGUUCCAGAACUCAAGUCAUUUGCAACAAGAGUUCUAGGUCUUACUUGUUCAGCAUCGGCAUGUGAACCCAAUCCAAAUGAUGAAGAGGAUGGUGAUAGUAGAGCAAUCAAAGUUGGUGGGGAAAUUGAGAUUGAGGAUGAGGGUGGAAGUUUAGCACCGAGGAAGAGGAAAAGAAAUCAAGCACCAAUUGAAGUGAAUUUGGAUGAGGAAGAUGAAUUUGAAGGAGGAGAAAAUGAUAGUGAAGAUGGAGAUGAUGGUCGAGCUAUACAAUUUCAUGAGAGUGAUGAUGAAGAAAGUGAAGAGUUCUUGGAGAUUUAA